CGAUAGCAACAUGCAAACGAAAGUGAAAGUACAUAAAACAGUGUAACAGACUCGUGAUUUUCGCGUGAAAAAAAUUAUCACUGAAUUUCUCCCAGUCAAGGUUUGAGUUAUCAUGUAAUGCGAAAAUAAUCAAUGCCAACGUAUCUGAUCAGUUGACUAAACAAUUGCGUUUUCGCAAUCUUUUUAGAUGCCAAUUUUUUUUUGAUAAUAAUUUUUUCCAUUUUCCUGUUUCAUUAUAAUUGUAUUUGAAGCUUUUGAAUUUCAUUCACACUUUUGAAGACCAUUUCAUUUAUAAAUUUGCUUAUCGAUAUAAAUCAAUAUAUACGCUUGCGCGCAAAAAUGAAUACACGAACAAUUUCGCGCAAUGUCAAGAAUUCGGAAUAUCUAAGAACGAGAACUAAAUUGGGCCAACGAAAAAUUGAAUCAUUUUCUCAUAAGUUAUCUCAUUGAACGAUCCGAUUGAUUUUUUUGUCAAAUGUGUCAGUUGUUAUGGAAAAAAAUAAAAUUAUCUGGUUUAUUAUCGGCAAACUAUUGAAAAUUCUUUUCAUCUUGUUAUUACUUUUAUUGAUGAUAUUAUGGAUUGCACUUGGCUGUGAGACUGGAAGACAAAUUGAUGAAGUAAAUCAAAAACUUGGACGAUCACGUGGUGAUGAACGACGAUUCUUAAUGCAAUUGAAUCAGGCUGCCGUUGUACCAUUGUUUACACGUGCUGCAUUGCCACGAGUCUAUCUUCUCACUAUAUUAAACUCAUUAAUAAAUGAAUUUAUUGCAUUAGCUUGUCUCAUUUCAUUCAUAUUACGGUCACGACAAAUUUUUAUUAUUACUGAAUCAUUACUGACAUUAAUCUGGUUUAUUGAACAAUAUCGUCUCGAUGAUUUCUAUCAUCAUAUUGAUUCAAUUGAUUGGCAAAGUUCACGGUUAAACGUAACAACACAUGUCAUACAUUUGAUUGUCAUUGCAAUCGGAUUUAUUUGUUGGUUUAUUGAUCAAAGCUCACAUGGUCAUAUGCGUACGAUUCGCGAUAAUUCCUCUAUAGUAAAAGAUACUGACAAAAACAUAACCGGAACUAGUGGUAUUGGACGUCAGAAAAGAGAUGGUAACAAUAGCGCAGGUGGUAAAGGUGAUGGCCAUCACGGUGGAGAAUCAUCACUGGUGAGUGGAAUUAUUCAAUCCAGAUUUAAAAGACAUUGCGAUUGGAUGCGUGAUCGAUUUUUGUACAACAAUAAUAACCUAAAUAAAAUAUGUAAGGUCAAAAGGAAAAAAUCAAUGAUGUCUGAAUGCAACAAAAACAUAGACGCCCAUGAUAAAAAUAAUACAAGAAAAAAUCAAAAAGAAAUGGAUGAAAAUUUUAAAAAAUCAAAAACAAACAUGAUGACCAUGCUUAUGACAAUGACCAAUGAUUGUACUGGUAAAGGUUGUCUACAACAUCAAGAUCAACGAAGCUUUGAACCGGAAAUCAUUGAAAAGAACCAACAAAAUGACGAAACAAACGGCAACGAUUAUCAUCAGUCAGAUCAAAAUCAAACAUUGUCCAUAAACGAUAACGAAACUAUUGUUGAAAUUUCACCAUAAAUACAUUAGAAUUUCAUUGAAAUACAUUUCAUUUCAUAGUUAUAAUAAAUUCUUCCUUUUCUUUGUAUUUGUUAAUGAAAUAAAUGACAAGCUGUAUCUAAGAACAACCACCAAGCAAAAGAUCAAUCAAUCAAUCAAUCAAUCGAUCGAUCAAUUGAUCGAUCGUUUGUUUCAAUCAAUAAUUGUAACAAGAAGA